AUGAGCUCUGUUGAAUACCACUAUCCCGUGAUCGGCCGCAAGGGCACUGGAGGCGUAUUUGAUCGCUUGCCCAUCCAGACACUGGGGAAGGACCAACCCUACCAAUUUGCAUUGUUCAUCCUUGCUUUCAGUGCGAUCCAGCAGCGUUCCGAUGCUCCCCACAUUGAGCCAGCAGCCACCUUCAUGGAAAUUGCGUCAAUUCACGGAAAGCCCUAUGUUGAAUGGGCUGGUGACCGCAACAAGGACACCUCAGCUGACUAUAGCCCAACUGACAAGAAAGAUACCAACCCUGUUCCUUCCAGAUUCGGAGGUUAUUGCAACCACGGCGCCGUUGUCUUCCCUACCUGGCACCGCCCAUAUGUUAUGCUUAUUGAGCAAUCGAUCGGAAACAUUGCUGAACAAUUGGCCCAUGACAUUGAAACUAAUAACCCAGGUGAAAAUGGAGUGUGGAUUAAGGCUGCCAAGGAACUACGUUUUCCAUACUGGGACUGGGCCGAUAAAGAUGUACCCGAGAAUGGCCUUCCUCCUGUUCUGUAUGAAGAUAAAAUCGAAAUCAUGGCUGCUGGAGGUAAAAAACGAAUAGUCAAUAAUCCGCUCCUCAUUUUUCUCGUAUGUCGAUGGAAUUCCAUCCGACUUUACCGACGAGACGGACGACUCGGACAAGUGGCGUAUUUCUCCAAGUGGCAGAGGACGUAUCGCCACGCUGAUAGUACCCCGAACCCUGAAGGCAGUCAUAUAGACUCGCUACAAACGGCGUUCAAAGCCGGGGCAAAGGAUCUGAGGCGCAGAGUCGCUCAGCUCUUUACGUUCAAUGAUGACCAAAAUUCUGCGAUAACGCACGUCUUAGUUUCUGCUAGGAUUAUAUAUAGAGAGAUGGACUUCGUCAACAGUGGGUCGCUUGAAGGCGUGCACGACACUGUUCAUAUAUUGCUUGGUGGGAAUGGACAAAUGAGUUACCCAGACUACGCCGGUUUCGAUCCUAUCUUUUUCCUUCACCAUUCGAAUGUCGACAGGCUAUGUAUGUAUAUUUCGUUCAAGGGUGUUGUCUUGUUAUUGAAUCCCCCAAGUGGCUCUGUGGGAGUGGUGCUACACACCGAAUAUUGGAUGGGAAGCGGAUAUGAACACGAUAAUGAACAAUAUCCCUGGACACAGGCACGUGGCACGUACGCGCAAGUUUACAACGAACAACUCCUUCCAGACGGGCCACUCCAGCCAUUCCGAACGGAACAAGGAGACUACUGGACUUCCACUCAGGCCCGAUUUUUGGAUGAACAAGGCUACCCCAAGUACUAUUCGUUUCCCGAGUUUGAAGGAAUCAAGGUCGAUAAAGCUGCCACGUCAUCCCAAGAGCGUGCUGCGGCGCGCAAAAGGGUGCAAGCCUACUACGAUUUUGAUCCGCAAACCAAGGCGAAACAGGUGGCUUCGCACGCUUGGAAGCACUUACCUGUUCCAAACAAGGAAGACCCUGCCGUGCCAAGUGAUCAUACCGUUAUUCCUAACUAUCGCACAUUUGUUGUGCAUGUGAAACUUGUGGAGCACGCAUACAACCGCUCCUACUCAUUCCAGCUCCACCAUAAAGGGAAUGUUCAUUCGAGUCCGCAGCUCGUAGGUACCAUCACAGUCUUUGCAAGGCCAGACAAUUCUCCUUGUAAAGCAUGUGCUAUGCGUCGUGAGGCAGGAUCUGUAGUUCGCGGGAUGAUCCCCAUUCCUCCGGAAUUGAUCGACAGUAUUAUCAAAUCAAACGGAGGCGCAGAAUCAGGGGUUUCGUUCAAUCAGACCCUCGCUCACAUCAAGGGGGAGUUCGUUGGAAAGCUUGUGGAUGCUACUGGCUCACAGCUUGCCGGAGCUGAGGGAGGGGUGGAGACGACCCAGGUGCCACAACAUCGUGCCACUUCUCGUAGAGUCACUCCCGUGGAAAUUUCUCUGGUGUCUGCUGCUGUUGCCGAGCACGUAGAGGACAAGGCUCGUCCUGUCCACUUAUGUGACUGGCAGCUCCAUGACGGUAUCUUCAACGGUGGCUGGCUGGCGACUCACAAGGAUUCGGAGUGAUGCAGCAUGCUUGGAUGAGUCAACUUGUGAAAUACUUGUAUUUGAUUGGCCAAAUUCAGAACAAUGUCUUCGGAAAUGUGUUAUCCCUGUACAAUAUGCAGUCGUCGAAGUGUUUUAUCCCUGUAUAAUAUAUAGUAUGGAAUAUCGACAUUAC